UGUGUAUAUGGAGCACACGGGGCAGAUAGAGGAGAGAGACGGUUAUGGAUCCGUAGCUCUUGCCGCUGUCUGUCUCGUUUCCCGGGACUGUCGUUUUGAAUAAAGCGAGGGUCGAGCUUCGAGUCGUGCAUGGUACAUUUGAAUGAGUGUAGGGACGCACAGCGGCGGGAAACAAAGGCGCACCCGGUUCGGUGCAAAGGAGCAAGCUGCUCGCGCGGCGGGGGAUGCAGGGCACAAUAGGGAAGACCACACUCUUCUGCUUUAGGAGGACAGUGUUGGAAUAACAUUUCCCCCUAGACAGACAAGCCUCGCAGCAGGAAGCCGGACUUUACUUUUCAGGCAAAUGUUGUGUGAACAUGAGACGGGCUUUGCACUGGACGUCUAGGCGACUUGAUGGGGCUCUUUCAGGAUUUUUAGAAUGCGCAAAUAGUCUCAAAAACGCACCGGCACAGCAAAGGAAAAUUUUGCGCACCAACGCGAUUUUGAGCUGAGAUUGUUUAUUAUUAUUAUUAUUAUUAUUAUUACUAUGCGCUCUGAAGAUCACCAGCUGUGGGUGAAAUCACGCUAGAAACAUAUUUUACGUGAAUUCAUUUACUUGGAUUUGGUUUCUGAAGAAUGUACUUACUUGAUGGUAAUUACCCGGAAAGGAUGGAGCGGGGUACGCCACAAAGAAAAACCGUGUACCGGAUAUCUUUGACACUAGUGAAAAAAGAAACUCUGCAGGAUGGCGGAGGCUCAGCGCACCGGCGGCUGGAGAACCCUAAAGUGAGCGCGUACCGGCGGGAGGGAGCCGCUGACGCUCAGCGCAGCUCCCCGCUGGAAGAACUGAAAGAAGUGGAGGACGAGACGGACGAAUUUUCUGCACACUCAUACAUGAGGAACUUCAGGACAUUUAGUACUGGACAUCUAGAGUUGGGCAGGGUGAAAAUCUCAAGGAGGGCGCAGCAUUCACAUAAAGACAAGGAAUUAAAUGAAACGUGCAUCCUGCCAGAGAAUGGACAGAGCAAGGUCAUUGAAAACGGGGCACUAGUGCACAAAAAGGCAGAUGAUGUAGCUGAAAGUGACAGAUUGAAAUGUGAUGCUGAGCAUGGAGAAAUCUGCAGUACAGCUGCUGCUAAUAGAGGAAACACAGACAUUCGAAACAAAAUCCUCAAGACUUCCCGGAGCACAGAGGAACCGGUCAGUACAUGGUCAGAUGAUACCUCAGAGGAACCCAAGGGUGGCAGGAUGGCCGAAGAGAGCUGCAUCUCUUAUUUGCUGGCUCAAGGGAAUGGGAAGUCACCCAAACCAGCACCUGAAACCCCUCCGGUGAAGAGCCACCCAAGCCUGCUGCGGCGAAGUUUCAGCUUUCGCCACUGGACGGGUGGAGAGUUGAUCCGCAUACGGGCGCUUUCCAAAGAGAAGCACCACAGCAGCUCGGGCUGCAUUGGCCAUGAUGGAGAGCACAGUCAGGUCCAGGCCGGCGUGGUUCUUCAAAACAUGGCUUUCGCCGAGUCUGAGUCCACUGAGAAGCGAAACACCUUGGAUGUGGGUGAGGUCCUAAGCAAAACUGACUCUGGGACUGAACUGGGCCGCAGGGAGAGGAUGAAGGGCAAGAAUCGAACGCUGGACAACAGUGACCUGCUCAAGCUGUCGGAUAAAUCUUUGAUGGACAAGGAGGGUUUCAUUAGAGGGACAGGCUCCCGUUCCAGCGGGCAGGAACGUAAACUCAUUCGGUUCUUCAGCGGUAUCUUCUCAAAGCGAGAAGGGACAUCCACACCACUUACCAGCCCCAGCAACCAGGCUCUCCGGAAGAAUGGCCUACUGGGAAGUCAGCGGAGAUCAGAAAUGAGCUGCUCGCAGUCCAGUACCGAAAGUGUUAACGGAUGCCAACCAGAUGAUGCCUUUGUCAACAGUCAGGAGUGGACGCUCAGUCGCUCUGUACCAGAGCUCAAAGUGGGCAUUGUGGGUAACUUGGCCAGUGGAAAGUCUGCCCUGGUGCACAGGUAUCUGACAGGGACGUAUGUGCAGGAAGAGAGUCCUGAAGGAGGACGUUUUAAAAAGGAGAUUGUAGUGGAUGGACAAAGUUUCCUCCUCCUAAUCAGGGAUGAAGGGGGACCUCCGGAGGCUCAGUUUGCGUUGUGGGUGGAUGCGGUGAUAUUUGUGUUCAGUCUGGAAGAUGAGAUCAGCUUUCAGACGGUCUAUCACUACUAUAGUCGUAUGGCCAACUACCGCAACACAGCAGAGGUGCCCCUGGUGCUUGUGGGAACUCAGGAUGCAAUCAGUGCAGCCAACCCUCGUGUCAUCGAUGACACCCGCGCUCGCAAACUGUCCAACGACCUGAAGAGGUGCACAUAUUAUGAGACCUGUGCUACCUAUGGCCUCAACGUGGAGCGCGUCUUCCAGGAUGUGGCUCAGAAAAUAGUUGCGACCCGGAAGAAACAGCAGCUGUCAAUCGGACCCUGUAAGUCACUGCCCAAUUCUCCAAGCCACUCCUCCGUCUGCGCAGCGCCUGUGUCUGCAGUGCAUAUCGGCCAGACCAGUAAUGGUGGAGGCAGUUUGAGCGAUUACUCCUCUUCCGUACCCUCCACUCCCAGUACCAGUCAGAAGGAACUGCGUAUCGAUGUACCCCAAACCGCCAACACCCCUACGCCCGUCCGCAAACAGUCCAAACGACGUUCCAACCUCUUUACGUCUCGGAAGGGAAACGAACCAGACAGGGAGAAGAAAGGGAUGGAUGGCCGCGCAGACAGCAUUGGAAGUGGCCGUGCUAUCCCAAUUAAACAGGGCAUGUUGCUGAAAAGAAGCGGCAAGUCACUGAACAAAGAGUGGAAGAAGAAAUAUGUCACACUUUGUGACAACGGAGUCCUCACAUAUCAUCCUAGUCUGCAUGAUUAUAUGCAGAAUGUUCAUGGGAAGGAGAUCGACCUGCUUCGGACUACAGUGAAGGUUCCAGGGAAGAGGCCCCCCAGGGCCAUCUCCACAUGUGCGGCCCCCAGUCCCAAAACCAAUGGGCUGACCAAGGACAUGAGUAACCUGCAGCUUGGACCUCCCGCAGGCUCUGUGACAAGUAGUUCUUCUGCGUCUCAGAUGGCGAGUGGCAUCAGUCUGGUGUCGUUUAACAGUCGGCCAGAUGGGAUGCAUCAGCGCUCAUACUCUGUGUCCAGCGCUGACCAAUGGAGUGAUGCCACAGUCAUUGCCAACUCAGGAAUCAGCACAGAUGCCGGUCUGGGAGAUUCUGUAUGCUCCAGUCCAAGCAUAUCCAGUACCACCAGUCCAAAGAUAGACCCGCCCCCAUCACCCCACGCCAACCGCAAAAAACACAGGAGGAAGAAGAGUACCAGCAACUUCAAGGUGGACGGCUUCUCUGGAACUGCAGAAGAACAAGAGGACAACUUUGAGUUCAUCAUUGUUUCUCUGACGGGACAGACCUGGAAUUUUGAGGCAACGUCCUAUGAGGAGCGGGACGCAUGGGUUCAGGCCAUUGAGAGCCAGAUUCUGGCGAGUCUACAGUCCUGUGAGAGCAGCAAACAGAAGUCUCGUCUGAGCAGCCAAUCAGAAGCCAUCGCUCUGCAGUCUGUCAGGAACAUGAGAGGAAACACGCGCUGUGUGGAUUGUGAAGCCCAGAACCCUGAUUGGGCCAGUCUGAACCUGGGGGCUUUAAUCUGUAUAGAAUGUUCAGGCAUUCAUCGCAACCUGGGAACUCACCUGUCUCGUGUCCGCUCUUUGGACCUGGACGAGUGGCCUCUAGAGCUCAUCAAGGUCAUGUCGGCCAUCGGCAAUGAGUUGGCUAAUAGUGUGUGGGAAGCCAAUGCUCAAGGACGCCUAAAGCCUGCCCCUGAUGCCAGCAGAGAGGAACGUGAGCGCUGGAUCAGAGCCAAAUAUGAGCAGAAGUUGUUUUUGGCAUCGCUGACGUGCACAGAGCUGACUUUAGGACAGCAGUUACUACGUGCCACAGCGGAGGAAGACUUGCGCAUUGUGGUCAUACUGCUGGCCCACGGCUCCAGAGAUGAGGUCAACGAAACCUGUGGGGAAGGUGAUGGCCGUACAGCCCUGCACCUGGCCUGCCGCAAAGGGAAUGUUGUGAUCAUGCAACUGCUCAUAUGGUACGGCGUGGACAUCAUGGCACGGGAUGCUCACGGCAAUACAGCACUGGCAUACGCACGGCAAGCUAACAGUCAGGAGUGUAUGGACGUCCUGCUUCAGUACGGCUGUCCUGACGAGCGUUACCCACUCAUGGCCACACCAAACCUGUCACGCAGGAACAAUAACCGCAAUAACAGUUGCAGCAGCAUGAACAGUGCAGUUAUAUGAGAAGUACACUCUCACACACAUGAACAUGCAUUCUGGUCAGCACUCCUCCUCCCUACACACACUUUCAUAUGUACAGCUCCACCACUACAUCAGAAUCAUAAGACUAUACUAGACUCGAGGGAAAGACCCCGACACUGAUGAUGAUGAAGCAGCAUGAGCAGAGCUACUGUGUUUGCCUGACUUUACAAUCCCACAGGUUGAAAACAUUGUCAUGGCAAGGGUUUAGCCAAUCAUGUGUCAUCCAUUGUUUUGGUUUGAACAAAAAUGAAAACAAUACCGGACUCUGAUUUUCUGCCUGUGCCAGUUUAAGCUACCAAGUGCAUGAUGGGAGAAUAGGGUGUGGAUUUGGUAACUGAUGAGCAGGUGACACAUCAGCGUUCUGCUCCCUGCCGCUUCUCUGUGGAGUCUAAUAGAUGACAAAGCAAGACAGGAAAUGAUGGGGCAGCAUGGGAUACUUUUACGCUAGAUCUUCAAAAUGACCCAGAAGAACCAGAGAACUUUACUUUACUUGGACUUCCAUCUCACCACUUUGACACUGAUUUUUCUGUCUGAUCUCACGCUCUCAGACGUUUCUUUUGUAUCUGUUUUUACUAUUUCUCAGUCAGUUACAUCAGUAUGUCCAUUAUGUCUUUUAUUCUUCUUGUUUUUAAAGGAACGUGAAUGGAUGUAAUGACAUUUUUGGAAAACAGCCAAAUAUUGAGUCAGUUUGAAGUCUGAAUCUGACAUGAUCUUUUAAACUGUUUUUGUUUUAACAUUUGUUGAGUAGCAUUUGUCUUAUGUGCUCAUUACUGGACCAACGGAAGAUUCUUAAAAACAAGAGUUUUAGGAUUUACAUUUCUCAGAAGUAAAAGGGAAUUAUAUUUUUAUUUUCACCAGCUUUUAUUUAGCAGAUUUAAAAAAAAUCUUUAAACACGUCAAACUAGUCUUAUAUGUUGCCCAUCCAUCGGCUCAUUCUUUACUUCAGCUCACAGUGAAGUGUGCAGGCACCGAUUCAGAUGAACCAUAUUCCAGAAGUGCAGGGCUGAAGCUCAGGCUGACCUCAAGUGUUCAUCAUUAAAAGCUCCACAAAAUA